AUGUACAUGAUCCAUGUAACUGUCAAUCCGAACAUCUUACUUGCGCAUGAAAGUGUUCUCCAAAGAUCCAAUGCAAUAUACCCAUAUAAACGUGUAGAAGUGAAGACAUAUACUCUACUGGCAAACGCAUUUUUACUUUCACUCGAUAAUGUGGUCAUGGGACAAUUAUCUAACUUGCUAGUGUUUGGUAUGGUAGACAAUGAGGCAUAUACAGGAAAACGGUCGAAAAAGUCAUACAACUUUAAACACAAUAAUCUGACAAGGUUCAAUUUAUCAGACAAUGGAGUACAAGUACCGAACCAACCUCUUGAGUUUGACUUUUCAAAUGAAACUCCCAUUAGUACGCGAGGAUGCCUAAGCUUGUUCAAGGGCACUGGAAUACAUUAUUCCGACAAGGAUCAUCAAAUAUCAAAAAAAUUCUUCGAUAAUGGAGCGUUCUUGUUGGCGUUUGAUCUCACCCCGGACAAUUCCUACAAUUCAACAUGUGGAAGUCUACUCAACCAGGGCACGAUUAGGAUCGAGGGGCGAUUCAAAGACGCUCUAAAGAAAAGCGUCACAUGCAUUGUUUACGCAGAGUAUGAUAGCAGUAUCGAGAUAGACAAGGCUCGGAAUGUUUUCACAAGCUAUUAA